CUACUACGACUAAUACUGAAAUUGUCUCGCCGUCUUCAUACUUACCUUUAUUGAUCAACCUUCCUUCUUUCCUUCCUUUCGCUCUCCAUUCUGUUCAACUCUCAUGUCAUAACACUUCAUUCCUCAUACCUCACCCUCGCCCUUCUCCUUCUUCGUCAACACCAACUGAUCAAGAUUUCGCUUCCCAACGAAUAUACUCACAUUCCAUCAUGUCUGAAAACAUUCCCGAGUCCAUCCCCACGUCCGCCGAUCCACGCUCCAAACGCCCCGUCAAGCGACGAGCACUCACUCCACGAGCUGGCUAUGCCGCAGACGUCGAGGCCCUUUUCGCAAAGCCCGACCGCGAUAUUCACAUUCCAAGUUCGGGCCCAAAAAAAGGCGUCGCCCCGCCCCCAGAGAUCGUCGCCAAUGUUCAAGGUUCAAGCGCAGGUGCUGGUUCGGGCGAAUUCCAUGUUUACAAGGCUAGUCGUCGACGGGAGUAUGAACGCUUGCGAGCAAUGGACGAGGAGGUCAAGAAGGAGGAGAAUGAAAAAGACUUCAAUAUGAAGAAGGACGAGCAGGACAGGAAAGACCGCGAGAAGACCGAGAAGAACAGGGCCAAACGAGAAAAGGCAAAAGCCAGAAAAGCGAAGCAGAAAAAGGGUUCUGCCAAUGGUUCAGCUAAUGACAACGAUGCUGAUCUACCCACGCAAGGAAAUAAGAUCAAGAAGCUCGCGCCAAACUCCGCGCUAAAAAAGCGUCAUCAGGAAGAAGAGGAGGAAACACAAAGUGGCGGGGAAGUCAAGAACGCAGCUGAGAUAGGCCUUGUCAUCGAAGACGACGAUUGACGUACAGCCAAAACCACCCAUCUCACCCUAAUACUAGUCCUAUCUGGCGCCUUCUUGAUCGCCGAUUUUCAGGACCAGAACGUGGCGAUCAUCCCAGCAUCCAAGAAUAUAUCGACCCUGCUCUGGCCCUCCUUCCGACCUAUAUUUGCGUUUGCGUUUGCCUCGGUGACCUAUGGACUUUCGUCAUCUAUCUUGGUGCGGUCGCAAGGUGGUGUAAGUUCA